CAUAUUCCAAAAUACAAAUCUUGACCGGUCGGCCGCCAAAAGUCGUUUAAUCUUGCUGUUUAGUGUUUACUAAUUUGUAGUUUGUCUUCUCUGUCUUUGUAUAUAUUAAAAUAUUGUCAUGGUGUAUUGUUUCAAUUUGGAGUAGAUCGUACAUAGGCAGGUUUGUACAAAAAGAAAUACAAUGGAAUCCAAAACCCUGUCACUUCUGGCUAGUUUUGACGAACUCCAAAAAAUCAACAAAAUUACAACUCAGUCUUGCUUGGAAGAAUUUUUGAGUUUUGUCACAUCUCAAGAAGAAUGCCGAUUGAAGUGGUUUGACACAGUCAGAGAAACUCAAAGAUUAAAAAGAUUACUUGAUGAGUCAAAAAAGGAAAAUAUCAAUUUGGACAUGAAGUUGACUACAGCUCGGAAGUUGUUGGAUCAAGAAAAACUUAAAAAGCAAAGAGCAGAGGAAGAAAGAAACAAAAUAGAGUUGCAAUUACAAAUGGUACGUGAUUUGUUAUUUGCUGAUAACAGAAACCUGAUUCAUGAUGAGACCAAGGAGAAACUUAAGUUUCUAAACUCAACCGUCAGAAGCCGCAUAAGCAACGAUUACAAUGAUCGUUUGAGUGCAAUACAAGAGCUUGAUUCCACAGGUUCUAUGCUGUCUGAUUUAAGCUUUUCUCGUUCUGAUGAUGACCUGGAUUUGGAGGCAGUUUUACGAAAGAAGAGAACAUUUAAAAAGCAGCGUCCGUCAACUGAUUUUGAUGAACUGCCAUCAGUCAAACGCAGACGUUCUCAGGUUAUUGAGGUGAACCAAGACGGGGUAGCAGAGCGUAUGGUUGCCACUACCACAGUUACUAUGGAGCAUGACGGCUCUGUAUCAGCACAGUCGCAGAUAGAAACUAUACCAUCUGCCAUGAUCCCCCCACCCACUGCUCCGACACGAUGUGGAUCUCUGGAAUCGGUAGAAUCAGGACUAUCAAUUGAAAAUAACACAGGCUACAACCAAGGAACUCCAAGUAAUCCAGGUGUACUGCCUGUCGGCUCUAACAAGAUUAAUAUGCGCAACCAUUUGUUAGUCACCAAAACUGUGAUUCGCCCUGAAGAUUGUGAUGUUUGUGAAAAGAGGAUAAAGUUUGGCAACUCAAUGAAUCGAUGCCAGAACUGCCGAGCCUCAUGUCAUCCUGGCUGCAAGGACAGCCUUCCCCUACCCUGCAUUGCUCCCGGCAACACACCUAUCUCCAAGAAAAAUAUGGGGGUGAUAGCAGACUAUGUCCCAUCCGUCUCACCAAAGGUGCCAGCUCUGGUCGUGCACUGUAUCAAGGAAAUAGAAGACCGGGGACUUACUGAGACGGGUAUCUAUAGAGUACCUGGCUCUGAUAAGGAAAUUAAAGCUUUAAAGGAGAAGUUCAUGAGAUGCAGAGGAGUACCACGGCUAAUCGAUAUAGACAUCCAUGUGAUCUGUGGCUGCAUGAAAGACUUUCUGCGCAAUCUGAAGGAACCGCUUGUGACUCACGCACUUUGGUGGCAGUUCACACGAGCUGCAGAGGUGCACAAUGUGGAGGAGAGACGAUCAAAGUUGCACCAGGCUAUCUCGCAGCUGCCUCAGCCCAAUCGAGACACUCUUGCUUACGUCAUUCUUCACUUGCUCAAAGUCGCAGAAUCUAAGGAAGCUAACAAAAUGCCUAUUAGCAGUUUAGCUACAGUACUGGGCCCGACCAUAGUUGGAUAUCCAUCUGAAUACAAUAUUACUGAGACAUACUCACAGGCUGCUAAGGCUAAAUUGGUGCUGGAGCAAUUCCUGAACAUGCCAGCGGAUUACUGGUACAAGAUGAUGUCUGGAUGUAGCAAUGUUAUCAGCACUCCACGGAUCACUGAUGUUCUCCAGUCUCAGAGGACCCCUUCCACCAGAAGUUUCAAGAGGCUGUUUGAGACUCCAGAUCACUAAUAUCAUCCAAGCCGUGUUACAUUAUCUCCUAGAGUGUAAUGGCCUUCUACUUAGUGGCAAUGAUGAAGUGAACACUUUUUUCAUGUGCUUUGGUUAAAAUGCAUUUUAGAACAACUUUGUGAUAGCAUAUUGCAUUUUUAAAGAUAAAUAGUGUUUUCUUUGUA